CCGGACGUCAUUUUGAUGUCACAUAGCCUGUUUUUCUUCUCCUCGGUUUAUUUUACUGCCAGCCAAAUAAACAUUAUUUUUGUGAAAAUACAAUGGGUGAUCUCCUUAAAAGUGUAAAAGAAAGGUCAAAGAAACGAAAACGACUUCUCGCCCAAACUCUUGGCGUUCCCAAUGUGGAGGAUUUGAAGUAUAUUCUGGGUACAGCAGAAGUUGAGGAAACAUCUUCACCAAAAAAUGCUCGAGAUGAUGAUGAUAAGCCGUCCUCAACAAAGAAAUCACAAACAGAAAAUUUAUUUUAUCGAGAUUCAUCUACCUUUCUGAAGGGAACACAAUCAUCAAAUCCACAUAAUGAUUACUGCCAACAUUUUGUAGAUACUGGACAGAGGCCACAGAAUUUUAUUCGGGAUGUCGGAUUGGCAGAUAGAUUCGAAGAAUAUCCUAAACUGAGAGAAUUAAUUCGCCUGAAGGAUGAACUUAUUGCAGAAACAGCUACUCCACCGAUGUACUUACAGGCAGACAUGAAAGUGUUGGAUUUGAAGAGUUUGGGUACAAAGUUCGAUGUGAUCCUCAUUGAACCUCCCCUGGAGGAAUAUGCAAAAGGCGGAGCUGGUGUAGCCGGCGGUACAAGUCGAUCAUUUUGGUCAUGGGAGGAGAUCAUUGAUUUAGAAAUAGGUGAACUGGCAGCACAUCGUAGCUUUGUUUUUCUAUGGUGUGGCAGUUCCGAAGGGUUAGACAUGGGUCGCAAUUGCUUGCGAAAAUGGGGCUUUCGCAGAUGCGAAGAUAUAUCGUGGAUACGCACAAACAUCAACAAUCCGGGUCACUCAAAAAUCCUCGAAUCGAAAGCUGUUUUUCAACGAACCAAAGAGCAUUGCUUGAUGGGAAUCAAGGGCACUGUGAGAAGAUCCACAGACGGAGACUUUAUUCACGCUAAUGUGGAUAUUGAUUUGAUUAUAUCGGAAGAGGAGGAAUUUGGUAGCUUUGAGAAACCAAUUGAAAUUUUCCAUAUCAUCGAACAUUUUUGCCUCGGUCGGAGGCGUCUUCACAUCUUUGGUCGUGAUUCCAGCAUUCGUCCUGGAUGGUUAACCAUUGGUCCCGAACUUACAAACUCCAAUUUUAACAAUGAACUGUAUGCAAGUUAUUUUGCUGAAAACAAUACAACCGGAUGUACCGAUCGAAUUGAAGCCCUACGACCCAAGAGUCCACCUGCAAACGGCGGAAAAGUUAUUCGAGGGAGAGGAAGAGGAGGCUUUCCCAGAUCCCGUGGACGCGGAAGAUUGUAAUUUAGAAUUUUUUUUAAGUAAUAAAAAUGCCUUUUUUUUUACUCAA